AUGUCAGAGAGCUCGACUGUCCCCCACAAGACCUCUCUGCCUGAGGGCAUCCGAGUGGGCAAUGUGUUGAGAGUUCGAGGCGUCAUCCCUGACAAGGCUGGCAGGUUCCACGUAAACCUGCUGUGCAGCGAGGAGCAGGAAGCCGACGCCGCGCUGCACUUCAACCCGAGGCUGGAUGCUUCCGAGGUGGUGUUCAACAGCAAGGAGAAAGGCAGCUGGGGCCGGGAGGAGCGCGGUUCCGGCGUCCCCUUCCAGCGCGGGCAGCCCUUCGAAGUGCUCCUCAUCGCCACCGACGACGGCUUUAAGGCUGUGGUCGGGGACGAGCCGUACCACCACUUCCGCCACCGGCUGCCGCUGGCCAGCGUGCGCCUGCUGGAGGUGGGCGGCGACGUUCAGCUGCACUCCGUGAAGGUCUUCUGA